CACCUUCUGCGAUAAAGUCAUCCUAUCAAGAUUUGAAUCUGAUCAAAAAUCUUUAUGAAUUCCGUUCUGUCCAUAAAAAAAUGUCUGAAGCAGCAACGGUGACAUUUUCAAGACACUUAUGGUACUUGUCAGAAGAGUUGGUCGGGUUAGCUUUGUUUGAUGACAGAGUUUCCUUACAUGCUAAGAGACAAACCGUAACUGCAAUAAAAACGCGAGAAAGUAAUGCUUCGAAUUCAAAAAAAUUUAUCGUCAAAGACUAUCAAUUACCGUAUCAAUUUAUGGACAAGGAUCCAGAGCUCUGGGCAUUUGAUCAAGAUUAUCUACAUUGCAAAUCUGUGUUUUCAGACUUAAAAGUUGUCAACGAUCUCGCUGAAAGAGGUGUUGCAUUAAUCCAGGACUACAACAACUGCUUAACGAGAAAUGAAGAACAAAAACAAUAUUUAUUGCAAGUUGUCGAAGAACACAGAAAAAAAUUUCCUUACGUUACCAAAAAUAAAAUUGUAGCUACUUAUUCAAAGAAAUAAAAAAAAAUUUAACUACACGAUUGAAACUAUGAUAAUCGUUUUUGUCUGUUAUUUUUAUUAAGUGAUUAUAAAUUUAUUAUCAUCAUUAUUUAAUCUAAUCGUGUAAAUUUUAUCAUGAACCAAAAUUAUAAUAAUCUAGUCAUAGUAAUCAACUUGAAGGAGGGUUCUAUUUCACAAAUUCUUAUUGUAGUUUUUCUGAUUCUUACUGGAAUUUAGUAAACA